AUGGAUCCAACGAAGAGUCUCUGCCAGCGUCACGCAAGGGAUUGGUUCGGUAAGCUAUCUCGAUGGACGCUGUAUUGGAACUGCUACGACGAUGGACUCUUCAUUGGGGGUCGUGGCAGCGGCAAAGGGCUGCAUGUGGACCAGGUGCUGUGGAGCAAUGUUGGCAAACAGUGGAGGGGCUACAAGCUGAUGGUGACCUGGCCAGCAGGCGCUGAGAGCACGCGUCACGUGCGGGAGCUGCCAGAUGCCCACUUCCGGCCUCCGCUUGGCACGGCUCAGCUGGAGGCACUGAGGUCGGCCUCGCGGAUUGCCCUCCUGCGCCCUGGCGACCUCUUCAUUUGCAGUGGCGGCGUAGCACACGCCACGAUUAGUGCCUCGCGGGAGCUGACAGUCACGGGCUAUGAGUCACUGGUCUCCUUGCACCCGAGGCUCGUCACUCAUUUGCUCGAGACUGGGUCGGUGUCGGGACCGUGCGCGCUGGACAAAGGCGUGAUGGAGUGUGAAGAGCUGCGGGAGCUUCGCACCUCUUUGCUUCAAAGACUCAUGGCGCUGCUGCAGGAGCAGACCUCGUCCAAAGCGACGAGCUCGGAGGUUGAGUCCGCGUCGGGCUUCGGAGCGCCAUUGUCGCUGCCCCGCGCUCUGCUUCGGCGGCAGCUGGCCAGCGCAGCCUCGCAGGUAGCCGGCGAUCCCAACUUUGCAGUGUUGGCCAGAGGAGCUGGAGUCUGCCGCCUCCUGGCAGCCAGUGACCACUUGAAUGCAGCCAGCAAGGUUCCGGCGACUCUUGAGCCCAGCAGGAAGCGUCUUCGUUGCGACAUGCUGACACAAAGGGACCUGAACUUAUGCGCAUAG